AGCCCUCUGGGACAGUCCUUCCCUGGCCUCGCCCGUGGAGGGGGGACCCUCAGACUCCCGAGUCCUCUCCUGGGGACCAAACUGCUCUCGGCACCCCUCUCAGUUCCGGCUGGAUUCAGGGACCGAAGCCAGUUUGAAUUUAAAUCAGUGACGCGACCCGGCAGGUGCCGGAACGGAGCUAAUCUGGGAGCCGGAAAGGGGUCGCCAGACCCAGUCUGCGCUCAUGGAGACGGAGGACUCUGCGGCGCCCGCUCCCUCCCCGGGCCGACAGAGUCCGCAGGUCGCGGAAGGGAGGGAAGGGAGUCACCGCUGUGACGCGGCCGCCUCUGCAGGCGAGCGCCGUGUCCCGGGCACUGCACCAGCGCGAGGAGGGGGCUCGGGUCCUGGCGCAGCGCGGGUCCCGCGGGGGCGCCGGGCGGCGCGCGUGCGAUCUGGGGAGACCGGUCCUUGCCCCUCCUGCUCGGGGGACCCGGCCAAUCCCGGGCGCUCCCGCAUCACCUUGAAACCUGCAAGUGGCCCUGCAGGGCCCCAGGGUCCCACCUGUGACCACCUCUCCCAGCAGUGACUGCGCCCCUUAAACACCAAGAAGGAAAUGAACUCCCUUCUAAUUAGGAAUCCCCCAGUCAUGUUUGAAGUCUGCAAGUCCAAACAGCAGACGUACCGCUGCCACUGGGAACCCAGCCGCUCUCCAUCCCCAGCCCUGGCCUUCUCCCAUGAUUGCCUGCCCGCCCUCUGCGAGAUCAAACAGGACAGGGCUGCUAAGCGGAGGUUUUUCCCUUUCCUUUCUUCUCUUCCUUGCACUCCAGGGCCUCAUAUUUUUCUGAGUCACUUAAAUCAUUACUGAAAGACGUCUAGGUUCACAGACACCGAACCCUUUCAAAAAGAGGUAUGGGCAGUCAAAAGUGGAGCUCAGAAAAGUACACAGGAAAUGUUCCCUGUCCCAAGACUGAAUCAAUCACAUGUUCAGGGAAUCUAAACCGUCCUUGCCUGCCAUCUCCAGGGCCUGCGACACCUCUGAAGGACCUCAGUGAUGCCAAAGGCAGUCUUGUCUGCUCAGUGGAUAUUGUAUCCCAUCUUUUUAAUGUCUUUAUAAUUUGUUUUUGGGUUUUCGUUGUUGUCUUUUUCUGCCCCCCGCCACCAGAGAUCAAACUCAUGACUUCAUGCUUGCUAGGCAGGUGCUUACACCACUGAGCUAAAUCCCCAGCCCUGUUGUCUUUUUGAGACAGGGUCUCACUCUGCAGUUCAGGGUGACUUUGAGCUCACUUUAUAGCCCAGCUUGGUCUCAAACUUGCAAUGAUCCUCCUGCCUCAGCCUCUCGAGUGCUGGGAUUGUCAUGUGCCACCAUACCUGGCAUUGUUGUCUUUGAGACAGGGUCUUGCUAUGUAAUUCAGGCUGGACUUGAACUCACUGUGUAGUCCAGACAGCCCUCAAACUCACAGAGAUCCUCCUGCCUCAGCCUCCCGAGUGCUGAGCUCACAGGCAUGUGUCACCAUGCCUGGCUCUUCCUGUUUUAUCCCGUGCAUCUCUGGUCAAUGCUUUUCCCCCUCCAAGACUUUCCUCAACUCUGGAUCCCAGACAGACGCCUCCUGCCUCUGAACCACUUUCUCCUUUUGCCCUUGCAUUAUAUCAUCUAAGUUUUAUCUUCCUAAGACCAGAAAGUGAAUGCUUUAAAGGGGAGGACUAUGGCUUACUCAGUUUGCAUGCAUCCCAGUACACAGCACUGUACACCGGAGAAGCCAAACAAACGUCUGUUUAAUAAGAACCAGAGCAUGCCUCUCUUGAUAUGACAUGCAGUCUAAUUACAUAGUUAUUACUCUCAACACCCCCCAGAAGACAAGUUUUAUGUUAUGGAGGAACGAUUGUUCUGCAUAGUAAUAAUGAUAUACUUGUGUGUCUGCUGCUUUUAUUUCAAAA